AUGAGUAAUGAAAGUGCAGCAAGAGAAGUUAAAAAUGAAGUGCACUCAUGGGCAGAGGAGAAAACAAAGGGCCUCAUGAAAGGGUUUCUGCCACCCACAUCAAAAUUGAAAGGACCACUCUUUUUCGCAAAUGCUCUCUACUUUAAGGCAGCAUGGUUAGAUCAAUUUGUUGCCUCAUCGACUCGGGACGAAGAUUUCCACCUUCUUGAUGGGAAAACUAUCAGAGCACCUUUCAUGACCCAAAUAGAAAAGAGCAUGAAGAGGUGUGGAUCAUUCGAGGAUUUUAAGGUUAUCAGACUCAAUUAUAAUGCCGGUAGAUGUUACAGUAACAACUUCCCACGUUUCUGUAUGGAUAUCAUUCUUCCUGAAAGAAAAAAUGGACUCCAAGAUCUGCUAGAGAUUUUUAAUUCUGAUACAAAACUUCUACUCCAGGAUUUUAAGCUGGAAGAUAUGCUGGUUACUGAGAUAUGGAUUCCAAAGUGGAAGUUUUCUUAUGGUUUGGACAUGGUUAAGCUCGUGAAGAAAUUGGGAUUGACUUUGCCUUUCAAUUACCCGGAUGCUGAUUUCACUGAGGCAAUGGAUUCUCCGGAUGCUGAAGAAAUUUUUAUCUUGAAAAUGCUUCAUAAAGCAUGCAUUUCAGUUAAUGAGGAAGGGACAGAAGGAGCUUCAAUAGUUUCUUGUGAUGAAAAUUUGGGAUGUUCAAUGUAUCCCCCUCCUGAGAUACAAUUUGUUGCUGACCAUCCUUUUAUGUUCAUGAUCAAAGAAAAGGGUUCUGGGGCUGUGAUUUUCACUGGAGCUGUUCUUAAUCCCCUCUCUGAUAUUUGA